AUGUCUUCCCCAGUAUACACUGGCACACCAGUAACCGAAGAGGCUAAGAUCAUCUUAUUGAAACUAUUGAACGACAUAGAGGCCCCCGAUGGUGUGAAGGAUCAUGCAACUCAAGCGUCCUUCACCGGAGCUCCUCAUCCAAUGCUUCCGUUGCCCCACAAGCAUUUCCCGGCGGUGGCAGCUCUCCAAGCACUCCACGGAUCUUACGGGGCGCAUAUUUGGUCCAUCAGAACUGGGAGGGAUGAUCCCGUCCAGCUCACCGUGGAUACGGAUCAUGCACUGUUCUACCUAGCUUCGGCUAUGUUGGCCCGCGUCGACGGUGUUCCCGCCGCUCUGGUCAAACAACCUCUGCUGGAAUUAAAGACUAACGAUCCCCUCUCUCUUCUUCCAGCGAAGCAUGCGGCCUCGGCCAUCUUCCGCUGUACCGACGGGGUGUACUUUCACACCCACGGUUCGAUCAAUCCCCGAAUCACGUUGGCUGCCAUGGGUAUCAACCCCGACGACGACAACCUCGAUUUGCCGACGACUCGGCGACUCAUGGAAGCGUUUGUCGAGACACGAUCUAGCAAGGAGAUGCUCGAAUGGAAGGUCAAGCUGGGCCUUCCCGGAGACAUCUGCUACAAGCCGGAAGAAUAUGCGCAAACGACCCACGGCAAAAUCGCUACCAAAUGGCCCUUGUUUACUACACCCGCGCAGCUUGAAGAUGUCACACCUCCGGUAGCAUUCACUAAGUCACCGGAUCUGAAGCGCCCAUUGGACGGCAUCAAGGUCCUCGAGAUGACGCGUGUUAUCGCCGGACCAGCUAUAGGAAGGCAGCUCGCUGAGAUGGGCGCUACCAUCGUCCGCGUCAUCGCCCCGCAUCUAAUGGACUUCGGCGGCCAUGUUAUGCAGGUGGAUCUGAACCUCGGCAAAAGAGCGUGCUACGUCGACCUUAAAUCCGCUGAAGGUCGCUUGGUAAUGUUGCACUUGCUCAAAGAGGCCGAUGUAUUCCUACAUGGCUAUCGGCCUGGUGUGUUGAGCAGGCUAGGCUUUGGCCCUGAGGUCCUAAACCAGAUCGCUGUGAAUCGCGGCAGGGGGUUUGUUCAAGUGGUCGAGAAUUGCUACGGGCACGAGGGACCAUGGGCAUGGAGGCCCGGUUUCCAACAGAUAGCGGAUGCGACGACCGGUGUCGCUUGGGAAACAGGCGUCGCAUGCGGUCAGGCUACGCCCAUCACACCUUGCCUGCCUAUCAGUGAUUACCAGACUGGCAUCAUCGGCUCCAUAUAGGCGCUUCGCGGCCUCUUGCUACGAGCGAAGCAUGGAGGAUCCUGGGAUAUGCGAGUAUCGCUUUCGCAGUAAGCUCACAACACUCGAAUUCCAUACGGCACUACUAGUCCGCGUGCAGGUACGACAUUUGGAUCCGUCGACAAGGAAUGUACGAUUCGGGGUAUGUCAAGUCACUAUACGAAGCAGGACUCCAGUACAAUUAUAAGAUGUCCAUGGGUGAACUCGUCAGCGCUUCGAUCAACUAUAUCCUUACCAGAAAUCCGACCACAUUCAAGAAACGGUACUUCUGCGACACUGCCGCCGCCUAUGGCACCGUCACACAUCUCAGACCCGUUUGCGAGUUCGCGAGUGGUACAUUGGAACUUGGUUUUGACUUUGCGUCGUACUGGGGAGAAAAGAGGGCAGGGUGGGAUGAGGACGACGCCGACGUACUCGAGGCAAUGUUGCCCUCUGUCCGGUGAAGCGAAGGCUCGCUGCCAUGCUUUCCGGCAGAUUGACACCGGUGUGGGUAGGGGGUACGGCAAGGCUCGAUCAGCAUCGCGUCCUGAGACUAUGACUUACUGGUUUACGAUCGGUGUUUGGACAGCGUUCACUUCGCAAGGGACAAUUUUGCCAGCCGAGUACGGGUAUGAUAUUUAGGUCCAAUUUGUUGUGGUAAACUGUACACGAGUAUUUCGAAUAACCACGAUGCUACUUUACGAACAG